AUGCCACCCAAACAAAAAAAGAUUACUGAUUCAUUCAAAACAUUGACAUCUCAAUCAUCCAGUCAAGAUGAUUUGCAAGCAAGUAGUAUCAAAAGUCCGAACAAGGUGAACCUUUCUCCAAGCUCAAAUCCCUAUGGAUUAUCAUUUCCCAUUGAGCCUAUUGAUGACCACAACAAGUUAGAUGUUUUUAUACAGUCUGCAAUACAAGGAGGUGUGAAAAGAAAUUGGAACUUACAUCAAUUAAAACAAACAGUUAAGGAGUUACAAGAAGAGUUCAAACCAAAGAUUGAGGAAAGAGUUCAAUUCUGGGAAAAAGAGUUGGCUAAGGUUGAUGAAAUUCUAGGGGGUACAUUCCAUGCAGUCAAUUCAGCUCAUGUUGUUGAAACCUCUGCUACACCUUCUAUGACCGCAAAAACCAUACCAAAAGUGUUAGGAGGCGAUUUAACACCAAAUACCAAAUCACAAAAAUCACUCUUAGACUAUUUCUCAUCAACGAACAAUGAAGGUACAUCCACAUCCAUAGAUAUCACGAGUGUUCCCUCAGCCUUAGAUGCAACAUCCACAUCACCCAAGUUACUCUCUGAUAUUCCUACAAACCAAUUCGAAUCUAAAGCUAGUAUAACAGCCUCUCCAAAUGCUCCCAUGACCACCACCAAAUCUCUAUCUCCAUCAAAAUCCACCAAAGCACUUCCAUCCGCUACUCAACCAACCUCUGCAGCAGUGAAAAGUGAAGAAGCAAUCAAACCACCAACUCCACUUCUCGGCGAAGAAACUACUCAACCAGCGCUAGGCACAACAAGUAUAGACAUUUCAAAAAGCAUUCAUCCACCCUCUCAACCUUCAGCUAGCAAGGCUGUUGUUCCAUCUGCUUCCUCCACUCAAGAGCCAAAGGUUGCUCAAAAGGCUCCAAAAAGUCAAUCCAAGAAAUCUACAAGAAAAAGCUCUAAAAAAGCGUCAAAAAAGAAGAAAAAGGUACUUGACGAUGAGGAUGAUGCCAUGAUUGAAGAUGAAGACGAUGAAUAUAAACCCUCGUUAACGGAUGAAGAAGACCAACUCAUUCUCGACGAAGAGGAAGACAUUGAAGCUGAUGAGGAUGAAGAAUUGAUGCUCCUGACCAAGGAUCAACAAUUUGGAAAAAGAAAGAGAGGUACUAGCAGUGCUACCGUUCCACGUGGAGUAUUCCAUGAAGAAAGGUCUCAUGAGAAUGCCACUGUGGCCAUAGAAAAAAAGGACAGUGCUACUACAUCAGCAGCAACUGCCGAAGAAGCCUCAGAGGAAGAUGUGAGUACUUCUAUCAAGACACGAUCAGCUAGAAAAAAGUCUAGAGGCACUCCAAAACUAGGUGGUGUGACCUCACCUGGUGCUGGAGAUGAACUCUCCAAAGUGCUGCAAACAGAGGGCCCAUUAACGAUCAAGAUUGAAGACAUGGCGGAGCGAGAUGACUCUGUAUCAAGAGGUAGUAAUCAAUCACCACUUCCCUUUGAUGAUGCCUCUUCCAUUUCAAUGGUUUCUGACAUCGUUCAAUCUCUACCUCAAACACCAAGCACCAAGAAAAAGAAACGAACCGCUGCAAGCAGUACAAGAAGACGUAAAAAAAAGCCAUCAGGAUCUGAUGAUACAGGACAAACCUUUGUAUCGAGUACUCAAGGAGGAGGCGAAUAUGAUGGAGAUGCUUUUUUAGGAAUGGAAGAUGAACACUAUGUGGCUUCAAAAACUCCAUCCUCACAAAUUGAUCGUACUCUUCCUCAAUAUCAAUUUUGGGAAUAUAUUAAUAGCUUCUUCCCUGUAAUUAAGAAGGAUCGAUUGAAAUUGUUAGAAGGAGAAAAUAGUGAGAAUGAUGAAGCCUUUAAAAUUGGAAAAAAAGGAAAAUAUUACACUGAAAAAUGGGAAGAAGAAAAUACAAAGAUUUAUACCAAUUUGCCAAAGAAAACUACUAGCAGCGAUCAAGCAAUUCAGCAGUUGACUGACUACGAUACAGAAAGCUUGAGCGUGGAAAAAGCAUCCAAAUUGUUCUUCUCUCAGCACAGCCUUUCUCAGCGAUUACUUUCAUCAUUAAUUGAAGAACGAGAUUUAGUACCACUAGAAACGUUUUUUGAUGAUAUAUCUGCAAGCUCUGCAUACACGAUUGACAGCGAUAAUGAAUCUAUUGAUGAACAAACCCCGAGAAAGUCAAGCAGAACAUCAAGAAAAUCUAUUACAACACCAUCUUCGGCAAGAUCAGCCGCAUUUCCAUCCUCAGCAACUACUCCCAUCACUCCCUCCACUGCUAAUAUGUUUAAUUCCAAUUCAGGAUUACCCUCUGAUUUAACCUCAUCGUCGAUUCUUGAACAUCAACAACAUUUAGAAAUUACAGAAUAUUUGAAACAAAAAAUAACGAAUCUCUCCAAAAAUCAAAUUCAAAGUGCUAAUCACAUUCUUGCAAUGAGUAAUCAAUUCAAAGAUGUUGAUCAAAUGUUAAAUAGCACAUCCUUUGAUUAUUCCCCUCAAUACAUGUCUGUGUUUGAAGAAAAGUUACUUCACGAAAUUAAGAGCAUUGGAGUACUACCUCAACAACAGCUCAGCAAUCCACAAUUAUGGGUCGACGAUGAAUCCAGAGAGGAUGAUGAUAUUUGUGCAGAAAUUAGAACUCUUCAAAACAAGUUACGAGAACAAAUACAAAGAACCAAUGACAUUAGAAUGAAAAUUUUGAAAAGAGUCAAAUCACAACUUCAUGAAGAAAAGGACAUAGAAAAGAAAAUUGCUCAAUUUGCAGAACUAGAACGAAAAUUAUUCCCACCCACACCUCAAAACAAAGCAAGACGGUAA